AGGCGGCGGGAGGCGGGUCUCUUCCGACGCUGCCAUUCUCUUGGCGGCGCCCAGACAGGACUGCCUUUCGGGGGGGGACCGGGGGCGAACCUCCCACCCGCGGAAGAAGCGCGCCCCGUUGCUGCGCUCCGGGUUUCGCCCGUGUCCUUCGCUGGCGCGCAGCCCAAGGAAGCCGCCUGCGCCGCCGCCGCCGCCGGGGCCCUUUAAGAGCCGCGCGCCCGCCCGCCCAGCCGGCCUGGCGGAAGGAAGGGCUGCGCCCGGAGGAGGAGGAGGAGGAGGAGACGGAGACGCCGCCGCCUUGGCAGCAGCAUGGAGGGCGACUGCGCCGACGACUACAAGGCGUUCGUGUCCCUGCACGGGCCGGCGCUGCGCGCCUCGGCGGUGCCGCCCCGCUACUGGCAGAGCCUGUGGCGCAAACUGGAGAGCGAGGUGGGCGCCGCGGGCGGGGGAAGCGCGCGCCGGGAAGGGAGGCGGGCGGGCGGGCGGGCGGGCGGGCAGCGCGCCUCGGCGCCGGCAAGGCUUUGGCGCAGCCUGGGGGGUCCUCCUGGGGCGGAGGCUGUAAGAGGAGCAGCCCGGCUGCUGGAUCCGGCCCACGGCCCCCUGUUCCCGCAGGCGCCUGUUGCGGCAAAGCAGCGCGCAGGAGCUGAGCCCUCAAGGCCCCUCUCUCCCUCCUGCGCUUUCCGGCAUCCAAAGGGCAGGCCGGGCCGGGCCCGCGCGGCUCCGCGCCCCCGGCAGCCCUUCCACGCCGCCCCAGUGGGCCUCGCCGUGUCCUGGGGAAUGCUGCUUCAUUGCAUGACCCCGAGACAGGGAGGAAAACGAUGUUUCCAUCCUCUCUUCCCACGCCGUGCAUGGUUUUGUGAACUUCUAUCGUGCAGCCUCUUGCUCACUUUCUCUGUAACUAAAAAGUCCCAAACGCUGCACAGCCAGAUUUUGGUAAUAUGGCACCCUCAGCAAGGACAAAAUCUGGCCACUCCUCCCCCCCCCCCCCCAUUUUUAAAUUUUAUUUUCACAAUAAUUCCUUUUGGUAGAGUUUCCUUUUAUGGGUUUUCUCAGUAGGUACUGUACCUGCAUAAAUACAGAGGGAAACCAACUGCAUCACCCUAAAUCUGGCACUGAAUCCAGCAACCUUUCUUCAUAGGGGAGUUGCUUAGCUGGGAGUAAUUUGAGGAGGACCUGUUUCUCUCACUUGCGCCUGCUUCAGCCUAAAGGAUCAUGGUGAACGACUAAGCCAGAUUUUGGGAGUAAGCAUAAUUGAUUUGAAAUUGGUUACUUCUAAGGAAGGAUGGGGACGCAGGUGGCGCUGUGGGUUAAACCACAGAGCCUAGGACUUGCCAAUCAGAAGGUUGGCGGUUCGAAUCCCCGCGAUGGAGUGAGCUCCCAUUGCUUGGUCCCUGCUCCUGCCAACCUAGCAGUUCGAAAGCACGUCAAAGUACAAGUAGAUAAAUAGAUACCGCUCCGGCGGGAAGGUAAACGGCGUUUCCAUGCACUGCUCUGGUUUGCCAGAAGCGGCUUAGUCAUGCUGGCCACAUGACCCGGAAAAACUGUCUGCGGACAAACGUCAGCUCCCUCGGCCAAUAAAGCGAGAUGAGCGCCGCAACCCCAGAGUAUGCCAUGACUGGACCUAAUGGUCAGGGGUCCCUUUACCUUUAAGGGAGGAUGCUUUGGGCUGAAAUGCUAACCGUGCCCCCUAGUUGUAAGACCCAUUGAAUUCAAUAGGGUCUUAGGUGAGUGUUGUUGUGUUGCUUCCUUGGUGAUUGGUUUUAGAAUCGAAGGCUUGUUUGAUCUUGCCCUUUCUGGCUUUCAAAAGAAGACAUGAGAGUUGAAAGUGAGUUUGAUGAAGGGGUGAGAUUCCCUACCAAGUUUUUUGAGCGGUUAUUGGUAAUUAACUUGGGCGGGGGGGGGGGGGGACUGUUUUGAAAGUGGCUUGUGUUUUUCUUUGGGGAGGUGGCUUAAUUUUGUUCCCUGGUUCUGAAUACUGCGUUCAGAUGUAUGUCUCUUUGACGGAACUGAUGAGAGGAACAAAGAGGAGGCAUUAAUUCCAGUUAGGAAUCAUGUUAGUAGUGGAAUAGAAACUUGAUACCUGUGUUUAUGGACAAGUGAUGUCCAUGUUUUUUAACCACAUUGUAAAGGCUUUAGGUAAUUAUGAUAAAAAUAUAGCAGCUCUGUUUGGAAGUACAAAGCAAUUGUUCUUGUGCAAAACAUGUGAAAUUGGAGGGAGAAUGAGCAAGAAACUAGUCCAAGAGCAGACGUGACAAAGAAUUUUAAACCCCAUCUGCAGAAAACUUGUUCGACUCUCUACUUAACAAUUCUUUCAAACACUACCGUGUUUUGAAAUCAAGCGGUAAGUGUAAUACUAAACAUCCAGCAUUUUGGCAUUGUCUCAGUUAAGACGUGCAACCAGCCAGGGAUUGCCAGCCUUUGGGGACCUGUGGGCACAUUUGCAAGCUGGAGAAACUGUCACAGCCCCCUCCACAAAGCACACACUGCAACCUGUGCUAUUGGCUACAGUAGAAUGGAUGCAUCUUUCUUGCCAAAUUUCAGCAAGCAGGGCACCAGGAGAGGCCACUGUGAGUGUGUAGGUGACCAUGGCUGUUAAGCUGACAAUCCCUGCCAUCAACCGUGGUUAAGGUAGAUAAGGCUGCCAUCGCGUACCCAAUUGCCUGAGGGUCAACAAUGGCUUGCCUCCCUAGAGCUACAUGGCUAAAGCAUGAAUUGGAAUGAAGCAAUUUAGAAAGCUGUGGCUUCUGCUGAUUGUGGUUUGACGUGACGUCUGAAUUGACUGUGGGCUAUUGCUGCUCUGUCACUGAGACUGGAAUGAAUUUAUUAGUCUGAGUUCUUUUAAGAUCCAUUUUAUAUAAAGAGAUCAUGAAGUUUGUAUAAAGGUAAAGGUACCCCUGCCCGUACGGGCCAGUCUUGACAGACUCUAGGGUUGUGCGCUCAUCUCACUCUAGAGGCCGGGAGCCAGCGCUGUCCGCAGACACUUCCGGGUCACGUGGCCAGGAUGAUGAAGCUGCUCUGGCGAAGCGGCACCAGAGCAGCACACGGAACGCCGUUUACCUUCCCGCUAUAAAGCAGUACCUAUUUAUCUACUUGCACUUAAGGGUGCUUUCGAACUGCUAGGUGGGCAGGAGCUGGGAGCGAAGACGAGAGCGCACCCCGCCGCGGGGAUUCGAACCGCCGACCAUGCGAUCGGCAAGUCCUAGGCGCUGAGGUUUUACCCACAGCGCCACCCGCGUCCCGAAGUUUGUAUAGGGGUGGCCAAUAUAGUCCACGUAGACUGUGUUGCCUCCUUAGCAGCAGCAGCAGCAGAAGAAAGUAUGAAGUUUUAUCUACUAGUUGUCCCAGUUUGUGCAAGGACUUCUGCCAGUGCAACAGGACUGCCCCCCCCCCCAAAAAAAAUGCUCGGGGUGGUUGAAGCCUCAUAACAGAUCUGAGAGGGCAUAGGAAAUUCUGUUCUGGGUACAACCCAUGGAUUCUGCUUUUGUUUUUAACCUAUACUUGGUUGUUCUUGUACUGUUUUAACAAGUACUGUAUUUUAGUUGUUUUUAAGGGCAUGUUUGUUAAUCACCUUGGGAUAUAUAUGUGGAAGGCAAUUCACACAUGAAUGAAUAAUAAUACAUGAAAUGUGAGUUACUUUUGAUAACCUGCCCCACCCAGUUCCUGUACCACCCCCAGUGAAGCCUUUGUUGUAGGCUUAGGUUCUUAACUUGCUUUUCUUGCUUUCUCUUAUUCCCCAUUCAGUUUUUUCCUGCUUGAUCCCAGAGUGUGUCAUUGCUAUGCAUAGCUUAUAUAAAUACCUUUUUGUCUGUACUUGUAAAAGCAAAUCUGAGCAGUGAUUUUUUUCUGCUCCAUGAGUUAAUGUUUUUCACUUCGUUUAUAACCUGUGGACCUUUCCAUCUUACUGCGAUGACUUCAGAAGAGCAGUUUGACUCUUUCGUGGUUCUGUAGUGGCCUAGCUUGCUUUUUAAAUUGCUCCGUGUCCAACAGAAUUUACCUUCUGCCUCUCCAAAUACAGUGAAAGGAAAACUUCCUCCAGAGUGCAAGACUCAAGACAAUUGUGUUUUGUUUUCAACAUUUCUACCUAGACAAGUUUAAGGAACUGCUCAGUAUUGCAGAUGAUUUUUGGUGGGAAUGUUUGAGUUGAGCAUUCAGUUUACAUGGGGCACUGGGCAUGCCAGUUAGACAUUGCUCCAGAAUACUUCUGAUACUCUCUGCAGCUUUACAGUGUAUCUGGGAAUUGGAAAUAAAGGACAAUAUGAUUUUCAGAUAGGGGCAGCCAAGGUUCUCCUGAUCUUUUCACUGAAAAAUACCCAAAUAGCUUCUAGGGAACACGGGACACAGUUUGAAAACCACUGCUCUGUGGUGGAUUUAACUUCCUUUUAAAAAUUCAGGAGGGGGCACACACUUGCAGUCAGCCAAGGAAAACUUUUCAAAUAAAGAUGCAAAACAAAAAAUGUGGAUGUCACUGCACAUGUAUCCUUAUUUUCUGUUCUUUGGCAUGUUUUUACCAUUGCAUUUCUUAAAAAAAAAAUGCUUUUGCAAUCCAAUGCCAACUGUUUCUAAACAAUUCAACAAUAGUAAGUUGCUUCUGGGGUGGCAGCUGGUUUGAGAAUAGCGCAUCCCCUUUAAGCUGCUGAGAAUCAUUUUUGACCUUCCCAUUAAGUGUAUAUAUCUGAACAGUAGGACUGUUUGCAUGAGGGUUAGUUUCAUAUGAUUAAAAUGGUAGUUCUGAAAAGCAAGAAGAGUACUUUGCCAUUUUGGAAGCACGGUGCAAUGUCAGGGACACAAUCCCACUUCUUGAGCUAGCACCAGGAACCAAGUGACCAGGUUUUCUGCUAAGGCCAGCUAUAAUCGGUGAAUCCUUGAGAAAGGCCAUUCUAAUGUGACUGCUGGCCAUAGUUUUUUGUAAUAAAACACGUUUUAACUUUUUUGAAAAAAUGCUGCCCUGUUAAUUGACCAAUCCACAGAUCGCUGCAGCCCUUCUGAGUAAUCAGGUUAUUUUCUUAGUUUUCUGUUACAUGCCAGCACUUUGGUUUUAUUGCUUGGCUUCCUCUUUUAUGGUGGAUUACUAAGUCGGUCUGCAGGUUGACACUUGAUUUGCAACCUGAGAACUGUAAGUGAAUUCAAGGCUGAUGGGAAGCUGGCACAAAUGAAUGUGUUUUCGUGUCUUCUGCAUGUAUGUUUUUCAUCUCCUAUUGGAGUUAAAAGUGAUAUUCUCCGGCCAUUGGGGAUGAGAUCGCUUCUCAGCCAUUGAAGAGUGAACUAAAUGGCAGAGAUAAUAAAUAUUGAAUAACACGGCUGAAACUUCCUGCUGUUGAGGUGUGAACAAAAUUAGUAUUAUUUUUAAAAACAGUGUUUUCAGAGAUUUGUGACAAAUUCUAGGUGCUAACCAUGAUCCCAGUGCUGCCUCACUAAUAUCUAAGACAAGCGCUUGUGUAUUCAGUGUUGGUGUGGUAUAUUAAAUAAGGAGCAUGCAAGUUGCAUGUAAAUGGCCGAAACCGUUCUCUAAGCCCCAAAAGCCACUUUUGGACGAAGGAAGUGGGAGGGAAAGGUUUCUUGCCAUUUACCUGCCAGUUGCUUCUCCACCUUUACCAAGGCUCCAGCAGAACUUUUUGAAUGUUAUGAAGGGAGGAGACUUGGGAUGAUUUGGAGCAGAGAAAGGACAAGUAAGAGCAGGUUUAAGUCCCUCUUGCUUCCCCUGAUUCUCUACUCUAAAUCCUCACCUCCCAAAGCAGCUCUUAAAAAAAAAAAAAGAGGGCUAAGUUAAAUAUUCUUGAAAGGAACAAGUAUUUAGCCCCAAAGAACAAGAAUGAGUAAAUUUCUGAACCCUGAACUCUGGAGCCAUUAUUUUCUCAGCACCACCUGCAAUGUAUGGAUAAGGAUACUGACCAUCCUUACAAUGGGGUAGUGAAAUACAUUCCCAAAUACAGGUGUCUCUCCGCUUACAGACUUAAACUCACUGUACUAUGUCGUUCACUGGACUUAUAUAGUGGUGAACUCCUACCUGAUGCUUAACUUUAAAAGCUUUUUUUAAAAUACCAUGCUCAGUCCGUUGGGUCAAGUUUAAGGCUUUGCCCCUUCAUCCUUGUUUUCAAUUUCAGGUGUUUGAUGCUGGGGAAUAUUUUGGGAUAAUGCAAGUGGAGGAGGUGGAAGAGGAAGAAGACGGCGAUGAAGAACUUGAGGGAGAACUGAAAAAGAAUUCAAAUCCUGGAAAUGAACUCUGCUACAAAGUGAUAGUGACAAACGAAAUGGGACUUCAGGCGGCAAAUUCUAACAGGUGAGUCAUUAUUCUGAAGCCGACCUGAAUGUUGUGUUUGCCCUUAUGCUCAUGAGCUUUACAAAGUAUGAGAAGGUAGGUCCCUGCCCUGAAGGGCUUGCAAUAUAUGCCAGGCAUAGGCAAACUCGACCCUCCAGAUGUUUUGGGACUACAACUCCCAUCAUCCCUGACCACUGGUCCUGCUAGCUAGAGAACAUGAGUGUUGUAGGCCAAAAACAUCUGGAGGGCCGAGUUUGCCUAUGCCUGAUAUAUGCAGUCCUUGGAGCAGCACAAGCAAGACAGCAGAGCAAGAAGAGGCAACAGAAGGCGCACAGGUAGAUCGUGCAGUUAUUUAGUUACGUGUGCUUGGAGUUAGUUACAAUAUGGGGGAUUCUGGGAUGGUUCUGAAGGAUCUACGGAGAAGGUCGGUUCUGAGGAGAGAUUUGAUGGAAGAAAAAGAGGUGCCUCUGGGUAUUCUGGAAGGCAGUUCCAAGCAUAUGUAGCAGGAAGGGAGAAAGGAGAGAGGUUAUUUUGGGGAAGCAAAAGGGCACAGUUAAGGCUAUAUUGGGAUACAAGAGGCCAUGGAGGGUUUUGAAGGUAAAUAUAAGACGCCUGUCAGGAUCCGGCAGCAGACAGGAGAGUUAUGGAUGAAUGUUGCAUGGCCAAAGCAGCAAGAGAGAUGAAUAGUUUUGGCAGGAGAGUGCUGAUGGCAUCAAAGAUGGCAAGGUGGAAUGGGAGAGGGGGGAGGUGGCAGUAGUUGCAGUAAGAGGUGACCAUGGCGUCAGCAGUUUUAAUUUGGACUGUUAUUAGGGCAGAGUUUUAGAAUGUCUUGUCUAUAGUCAUCAUCAUGAACUGCCUGCAUCAUCAUGUGUACCUGUGCUCUGUGUUUUGCUCUUAACCUGGCCUGUCUUGCCUUCAAAGCAUUUUUCUCAUUGACCAUGCCUGGACAUACCGCGUUGAACAUGCCCGCCAGCAGCUUCUGCAGGUCCCUGGUCUGCUUCACAGAAUGGCCAACCUGAUGGGAAUAGACUUCCAUGGAGAAGUGCCGGAUGAGAGAGCUGUCACUCAGGUCUUGGAGGAAAUGUGGAAAUACAACCAGACCUAUCAGCUGUCACAUGGGGUAUGGCCGUAGUAGGAAAGCUGAAACUCACACUGGGGUCUAGCUAUAAAAUUAAGAGAUUGUGAAGAACAAGCUUUUAAAAGCAUUUCCCGGAGGCAAAUGAAUGAUACUUGACAUCACAGGCACAGAUUUAGCACUUUCUGCUUCUGCUUAAUUUGUUGAAAUGGAGAACUAGUUGGGUAUUAAAGACACCCCAAACCUCUGAACAACCUCACUCAGCCUUUCAUGUAGAUAUAAAUAACAUGGGGCAACACCAGAGCCUGUGAGACUCCAUAGCGUAACUGCCAAGGAGUCGAGCAGCAGUCCUGCAGAAACACCCCCCGAAGUCAGAUGUUACAGUCAUUUUUAUAACACAUGACUGAGUUUGUUCUUCUUGUGCAGACUGCAGAGGAGAAGGUCCCUGUGUGGUACAUUAUGGAUGAAUUUGGAUCCCGAAUCCAGCAUUCAGAUGAGCCCACUUUUGCAACAGCCCCCUUAUUUUACAUGCGGCAACAAAUUGCUUAUACGGUUCUCUGGCCCUUAAGGGACCUCGAGACCGGAGGUAAGUGUAUCUGUGCACUAGGUGUGCUAUCUGGGUAAGUCAGUAUUCUCGUAGCAGAGAUUCAGAAAAAUAGACCACAGGCAAUUGUACUUCAUCCAUCAGAGCUUUUACUUGCUACUGAAGCCAAAUGAGCAUAAUGGUCACAAAUCCAGAAUAUAAGACUUCCGUGCAAGACGCUUCUGCGUUGUUGUUUUUUAAGAGCAGAGGGUGAUGAAAAGGAUCCGGUGACUGUGCCAGAUCCUGAGCUUCCCCAUGGACCACUUAUCGGUGCAGCUACCCAACUCUCAGUUUCGUAACAUUACCAUGACUUCAGGUGACCCAACUUCAAAGGAAUUUCAAGCUGGGUUACGGAAGAAGAUCCCUGCCAAAAAUGGGACUCGUAGGCUCCCUUUUGGAAGGGAUCUGCUGUUCUUGGGGAGCUGCUGAUUGGGAACUCCCUAGUGCAGUUGAUACCAGCAGAGUUUCCUAUCAGUAUUGAUCAGUUGAUGAUUUCAGCAGGUGGCCCUGACUUGGGGAAAGCAGUCUUGCAAGCCAAAUCAAGCCUACAUUGGCCCAGUGACUGUUUCAGAGGACAGGUGAAUUAGUAGUCGAGGCUGUGUUGUGAUUUUUUGUUUGUUUUAAAUGUAUGGAAAUUUUCUGCAAUUUUUAGUAACCUCCGUUUAUGCAUAGCUAUUGCAUAUUCAUAGCGACAACACUGAGUUGAUAACAAGUGUACAAAAAAUACCUACAACUUUUCAUUUUCUUACAGAGGAAGUGACCCGUGACUUUGCCUAUGGGGAAACUGAUCGCUUAAUCAGGAGGUGCCGGCUCUUGCCAUGGCUACCCAAUGAUGUUUUGGAGGUCAACUCUUUUACUGCCGAGCCAUCAGAUGAUCACUACCAGGUACAAUUUUUUAUCUUUAACCGGAUUGGUUUGUUACAGAGAACUACUGUAACUUGCUGUCGGUAUCAACUAUUUCUGCACUUAUCUGUUAUACACAUAGGCUCCAUUACUACUCACCAGAAGUAAAAUUAAAAUACUGGGGACUAAGGCCGGUCUCCUGACCGUAGUUAUAUCGGCCAUGAAGGGGGGAGCAGGAAAAAACUUAAACACGUAGCAGAGAUUCAGAAAAAUAGACCAGAGGCAAUUGUACUUCAUCCAUCAGAGCUUUUACUUGCUACCGAAGCCAAAUGAGCAUAAUGGUCACAAAUCCAGAAUAUAAGAAAUCCAGUUGCAGCACUUACAAUAAAACUUACAAACUUAUAAUAAGACUAAACCUUAACACUAGCAUACAAAAAACAGAACACAAGAACAAAGAGAGAUAAAGGGAGAGAGACCCAGGCUCCUCCUGGCCAGACUAUUAUAGGCAGCACGACCUUGACAGAAAGGAUAACAAAGCCAGCUUAAACCAGCUGUACUCAGCUUCCCAGCAGAAAUAACCCAAACAGAAACCUCCUUCCUGUUUCUUUCACAUAGAAAGAAAACUUUCUUUCACAAAGAGAAGAAACCUUCUAUAUAACCCUCUUGAACUAAUCAGAACAGGAAAGGUCUCUACACAUCAGAUCAAUACUUUCUGUACUAAGAAAUGCAAACUGACAAGUUAAGAGGUGGGGGGCUCACACGUCCCCUUCUUCACGGACUUAUAUGACGUAGCAAUAAGCAGACGUGCGGUUUGUUUGCAUCUGUUCUUAAAUUUGUUUUAGAUAUUUUAUUGCCCUGUUUUGUUUUUAGAUCCCUUUUAAUACUUCGAAUGUGUUUUUAUUUUAUUUUUAGUGUGUGUGUUUUUAAUUACAGAGGUGUUUGCCUUCUUGUCUCUUUUAAAAGAAAGAAGGUAGGUGGUAAAUUUAAUAAAGGAAUAAUAAAUAAAUUGCAUCUCCACUGGUGCUAAUCCAGUUGUGUACGUUGUUGCGCCAUACUCAGUGCAAACUACAGAAGGGAGAGGAUUUGCAGAACACUCACUCUCCCAACCAUUGUUCGGAGACCGCUAUCAUUAUAGGUGUAACAGCUUUAUAGGUUCAGAAAAACGCUUGGGGGGGAAAUAGCUGCUGGGAUGAUAAACUUCAGACAGCUGGUGUAGGAUUGCAUUUGUGUGUUGACUCCGCACACAACGUCCUCGGUGCUCAUUGAAAACUAGCGCAGGUCUGAGAUAAUGUCUGGUUUAGUAUUCAUUCUUUAUUCUGCUAGUUAUCCAUGUGCAGGGAGACAUUUACAUGAGAAAGCAUUCAAAUGUGUGGUUUCCCUACUUGGACCAAUCCCAGAAGGGUUCUGAAGUUGUUAUUGACUAAUUGUUAUUUAAUACUCAGCAUUUAAAUCACAAAAUGCUGACGUCCUUCCUCCCUAGGACUGGGGUGAGGCACCUGUGGGCCCCCAGAGUGGUUGAGCUCCAGCUUCCAUCAGCCGCAAACAAGAGUCGGGGAUGACAGAUGUUCAGCAACAUCUGGAGGGCCGCAGGUUCACCACCCCAGUAUUCCUGCCAUAGAGGGUGCCUAGAUUUAUUAUAAUAAAUCAAGCUCAUGUUAGUAGCUUCGAGAACACUGUCCAACCAUCUCAUCCUCAGUCAUCCCCUUCUCCUUGUGCCCCCAUCUUUCCCAACAUCAGGGUCUUUUCCAGGGAGUCUUCUCUUCUCAUGAGGUGGCCAAAGUAUUGGAGCCUCAGCUUUAGGAUCUGUCCUUCUAGUGAGCACUCAGGGCUGAUUUCCUUCAGAAUGGAUAGGUUUGAUCUUCUUACAGUCCAUGGGACUCUCAAGUGUCUCCUCCAGCACCAAACUGCUAAAUAAUCCGAGCAAAAUUUGUCUGACGGGUUUUUAUACAGCUUGAUAGAGUUGGAAGAGGGUGAAUUGAGUGAGAGCAGAACUAGAUGAACAAGGAAUUUAACUGAGGUGUUAUGUCAAAAUUGAUCUUUAAUUGGGUUUUCUGACUUCUGCGCUUUGCUGCAUUUCAGUAGGACUUACCUUCUGAGUCAACACAUAUAUGUGAGAAUCAGCCUGCAAAUUGUCCUCACCACAAUUGAAACUGUUGUGUCUUCUACAGUAUAAAUUACUGUAUAAAUUACACUGGUGGUGUUUUCUGUUUUAGGCCAUCUUAAGUGAGAACAAGGAGACACUUCCUAUUCCAAUAAAGCUUCCUGUUUAUGACAAAAACAAAAUCUUCAAGUACGUAUUUCCAAAUGGUGUGUUUUGCAACAAACGUAUGACUUCUGUGAGUGGUUUUUCAACAGUGGAGAGUUAGCUCCAUUUAUUGUAUACUGGGACAUUUAGCCCUGGAUUCUGCUGCCUAUAUAGGAGAAGUUCAAUGUGAUGCAGAAAAGAGAGGAAUAAUGUUGCUUUCAAAUAAUUGUAGUGGAUGAGUUUGUGUAAAAUUGUAGAGAUUAUAGGUUGUUAAUGUGAAUCUUCAUGUCCAACCCUGGGGAGAAUAAUAACAAGAAGGUAAUGCAUUUUAAAGAGAGGCUAUAGCAGUAAGGAAUAGUGUACUAGCAAGAGAACCAUUUUAAUUCUUGCAGUAAAAACAAGGGAGAAGAUGAGUCAUUGCGGAGAAAGGAAAACAUUACUAAGCCUGCAAAGUUCGGUGUGUUUGUUCUGCAGGAGGGUAGCCAAUGUUUUGCUUCCUAGUUAACUGAAAAAACAGCAACAAUGAGAGAGCAGGUUUUUUGAAUACACAACUAUGGGCGUUUGCUUCUAAGUAGAAAUAUAGUAUGUUUGGAUAGUGGCCUAGCAAGCCGCUGUUGUAGCAUGCCAGAAGGUCUUUUUCCUUCACUCUGUUUGGAAAUCUGUAUUCCCUAUUCACAGCUGUUAAGUGGUAUGUGCUAGAUUGAGUUAAUGCAAAUCCAUCUCUCUUCUCUCGAUCACACAGGCAUUCUUGUACAUUUUGAGGGGAAAAGUGUGUUUGCCUAUAUGCAUGUGUGUUUUUCAAAGACUGAGUACAGGUUUUUAGGUUUUAAUGGAAAGAUUUUUAUAGAGGCAUGACUGUAUUCUUCUAAAUAGACUAGAGACCUAUUUGCACAUUGCACUAAGUCAUAAUUUAUUUUCAACAAUGGCAUUUUAUUUUAUUUUAUGUUAUUUUAUUUAUAUACCACCCUUCAUCAAAGGAUCCCUGGGUGCUUCACAGAAUAAAAUGCAAGAUAAAACACAAGUAAAUAAUUAAACCUUAACAACAAAACCACCCCCCCCCCCGUACAUUUGUGAACAUGCUUCCCACGCCCUUGGGCAGCUUCCCCCACCCCCAUGGUUUGUCAUAUUGUCCAAAGUUAAGUUUGUUUGUUUGUAACAAACCCCAAGAGGGGAAACAGAAAUAGGCCAUGGUUUCUUAUUAUGCUAUAAGGAACACUUGGGGGACAACACAUUCAUGGUGAAGUCAUGUUUAAAACAAACUAUUGCUUAACAUGACAGGCACUCUAGUUUACUGUUUUGGCUAAGAGCAAGUAGAAAAUCUAGUGAACUUUCCUUGUUUUGAUGAUGUGAUGUUGUAAGCAAUGUGAUCUCGUGUUAAAUUUCCAGUAACAUAUUUCUGCUAUUCGAUGAAGGUGGUACUUAUAUCUUACUGGGGCCUCAAUUCUUGGUUCCAAACUCAGCGAUUCCAAAAGUGACUUUUAGGUUUAUUUAAAUAAGCAGCUACCUUUUGGAUAAGAAUUUUUUUGAACGGUAUUAUCUAGGUACAACUGGCAGGUGUUGUUGCUUUCAUAUUAUCCCAGCACAUAUUAUGCCCCAACUUUUUAAAAGUGGUUUAACAUCUUGCCUAAUAAAGAGUUCCGGGGAAAACAAAAGCUUGCUCGCUCUUUUGUGACAUUUUGGUUAGUCUCUACCCCGUACUGUGGGUUUUGCAUCCAGGUAGGGUAAUGGUGAAUUUUGAAAUCGUGUUUGUGUAUGUGUAUGUAUGUAUGUAUGUAUGUAUGUAUAUGUAUGGAUACUGGUGAUUUUUUAUUGCUGUUUUAAAUUGAUAGUGUUGUAUAUUUGAUUCUCAUAAUGAUAAAGGUUGGCAUAUAGAUGUGUCAAUAAAUACGUUUCUAUAAUUGUCUAGAAAAGACAAGAAGGGGUUCCUGGCUUGGGUUGCAGGAUCUGUGGGGGCUGAAAAGUCUCGCAAGUGUGGCCCUUUCCUUAUUGCCAAUGCAAUACUUCUCAGGAACUUCAACAACACUAUUUAUUCGAGUCUCCAUAUGCCUCCCUCCUGAGAGCUUCUUUCAUAUAUUUUCCUCCCCCCCUUUUUUUUUAAAAACCAGAGUUUACACAGACCUCCAACAGGUCCUUCAGAAUCUGACUCACCCCCGUUUUGAAUUUACGGACUCUGAGCAAGAAGCUGACAUUCUCUACAACUUCUCUCACUUCAAAGAUUUCAGGUUACACAGCUAUUUCCCUGCAAGUAACAAUUUUUCUUACCUGUUCAAUAUGCGUAUAUUCGGCUGUGCAGCUCUCUGUUUUUAAAUGCAUCCCUUGUCUUGUAGGAAACUGAGUGAGGAAAGGCCUCAUGUCAUGCUGAAUCAGUUUCCUUGCGAGAACCUCUUGACCGUGAAGGAUUGUCUGGCAUCCAUCUCAAGGCGCAUUGGGGGAUCAGAGGGGCCAAAAUGGCUGCCACGCACCUUUAAUCUUCAUACAGAAUUACCACAGUUCAUCAGUUACUUUAAGCAGCGCGAAAGGAGGUGAGUCCAGCUCGCUUCUUGCACAGAAAUAACAAUUUGCAUCUGUAGUCAGUAUCCCUAAUUUUAUGUGCCCAAGAUAAAGUGCAAUAGUGGCUGAAAUAGUGGAAACUAUAGUGGAAUCCCAAGGGUGGCGCUGUGGGUUAGACCACAGAGCCUAGGGCUUGCCAAUCAGAUGGUCGGCGGUUCAGAUCCCUGAGACGGGGUGAGCUCCCGUUGUUUGGUCCCAGCUCCUGCCAACCUAGCAGUUCGAAAGCACAAAGUGCAAGUAGAUAAAUAGGUACUGCUCUGGCAGGUGUCCUGGCAGGUGGAUAGAUCACAUCUAUCCAGUGCUUUACCAACUGCACUGGCUCCCAGUGGAGUAUAGGGUCAGGUUUAAGGGGCUGAUUUUGACCUUUAAAGCCCUAUGCGGCCUAGGACCCACGUACCUACGGGACCGCCUCUCUUGGUAUGCCCCACGGAGGGCCUUAAGGUCCACAAAUAACAACACUUUGGAGGUCCCGAGCCUCAAGGAGGUUAGAUUGGUUUCAACUAGGGCCAGGGCCUUUUCAGCACUGGCCCCGAUCUGAUGGAACGCUCUGUCACAAGAGACUAGGGCCCUGUGGGACUUGCAGGCCCUGCGGAAAGAUGUCAAGACAGAGCUAUUCCGCCUGGUUUUUGGUUUGGACUCAGUCCAACCCAUAUGUUUCCCUCCCCUUAGGGUCUUGAUUUACCAACUAUUUUAAAAUGAGGUUGCACUUUAAAUUGCAUUUUAACCUGUAUUUUUAAAAAAAUAAAUUCCUAUUAGGUUUUUACUGUGAUUUUAUUGGUGUUAGCUGCCCUGAGCUCUGGCUGGGGAGGGCGGGGUAUAAAUAAAAUUUAUUAUUAUUAGUAGUAGUAGUAACCAGCGUUUCCGUGCGCUGCUCUGGUUCGCCAGAAGCAGCUUAGUCAUGCUGGCCACAUGACCAGUACCAGCUGGCUCCCUCAGCCACUAAAGUGAGAUGAGCGUUGCAACCCCAGAGUUGGUCACGACUGGACCUAAUGGUCAGGGGUCCCUUUACCUUUACCUUUAUAGUGGAAUUCCACCCUCUUUGUCUGCUCUGGCUCUCUGGGUCACCCCUGUGGGAAUCAUGUAACUGGGGGUGAGGGAGAAGUAAGAGGUGGAAUGAACCCCCCUCCACCCAUUCCUUUGCUCUGGCCUCAUCUGUUGCUGGCAUGCAGAUCCACCCUCAAAGUAAUGUGGCACCAGAAAGGGAAAAGUGACCUUCCCUUUGUACUCCUGAACGAAAACUUUUAAUACUUACCGUAUUUUUCGCUCUAUAACACGCACCUGACCAUAACACGCACAUCGUUUUUAGAGGAGAAAAACAAGGGGAAAAAAAUUCUGAAUGAAACAGUGAAUGUAUCAUUUUUGUGCUUCAUGCUGUGGCCACAGACAUGUGAUCUGAUGGUGAAUUUGGAGUGACCCAAUGCAGAGAUCCUGAGGAUCCAUGUGGAUCCAUGCUUUGUAACCACGUUUUUGCACCAUUGCAGCCCCAGGCAACAGUGGGUGCGUGAUUUUUGGGGGGCAGGCUGUAGCCAUGGACAUGCUAUGUGAUCUGAUGGUGUAUUUGGGGUGACCCAAUGCAGAGAUCCUGAGGAUCCAUGUGGAUCCAUGCUUUGUAACUACAUUUUAAGUGGGGAGGGAAGGAAAAACACAGAAGGGACAAGGAGCAUAAGAAUGCAGGAGAGGGAUUUAACGGGAGGGAGGAAAGAAAGGCAAAAGUCCCCCACCCACCCACCCAAGCCCAGCCCUCUCUCUCUCUCCCUCUCUCUCUCCCUCUCUCUCUCCCUCUCUCCCACCUGCAUGUUUUCUGGCUGCCUGCGAGGAGCAGGGAGAGGAAUUAGAAGGAAGAACGCUCUGCUUCCCUCUGCUUGCCUGGAGGGAGGGGAUUUGCCUGCUCUUUGUUCCGUUUGAGCAAACACAGCAACGAAACACAAGCGGGUGGGCAGUAAGACCCUGAGGCAGAAUGCAGGAAAGCAGCAACUUCCUCUUUUCAGGUUUCCCUUCUCCGACAUGCGAUUUGAUUUUUGCCUGAUUUUUGUUCCUGCGCUCGCCCUAGUCGGCUCCAGGGACCACACAUUUGCUCAAUAACACGCACAGACAUUUCCCCUUCCUUUUUAGGAGAGAAAAUCUGCGUGUUAUAGAGAGAAAAAUACGGUAGUUACUUGAGAGGGCCAGUUUUAAUUAGGGAGAACAACGUUUAAUUGCUGGCUGUAAGAGUAGAGGAGUGUCCUGUAAUGGAAAGGUGGCUGCCUUUUCCUAACCAUGAGUGGUAGCCUUUAUGUUUGCAUUGUGAUUAAUACUUCUUCGGUAUCUCUAAAAACAAAACAAAAAACCCUAACCCGAGAAACACAUAAAUUUUGGCAAUGUGUAGAUGUAUCUCAGUUCAGCUGGUUUGUUAAAGGGUGGUGGCUGAAAACUUCUAAUUGAUUUGAUCAGUUUUGUUUUUAUAGUUACUUACUUUAAUGGCCUCACAUUCUCCGAAUGAUGUAUAGUAAAAAGCAAGAGGAGUAGGUGGCGCUGUGGUCUAAAUCACUGAGCCUCUUGGCUUGCUGAUCAGAAGGUUGGCAGUUGGAAUCCACGCAACAGGGUGAGCUCCCGUUGCUCUGUCUCAGCUUCUGCCGACCUAGCAGUUCAAAAGCAAACCAGUGCGAGUAGGUAGUGCUGUGGUGGGAAGGUAAACGGCAUUUCUGUGUGCUCUGGCGCUCGUCAUGGUCCUCCGUGCACCAGAAGUGGUUUAGUCAUGCUGACCACAUGACCCGGAAAGCUGUCUGUGGACCAACAGUAAGAAGUUGAACAGCACUGUUAUUUUAUUUAUUUCUGUGCUCAAAUUCACCUAACACAGGGAGAAUUAAAUCAGAUGAUAGUCUCAGUUUAAACCAAUAUAAUAUAAUCAUUGGGUGUAAAGAGGGCUGCCUAACUUGUGGUCCACACAGCCCACCUGCUAUGCCUGUUGCAUAGCUUGAUGAACCCAUUUCUGUUGGGCAUCUUUCAUCCAUUUGUGCUUUGUGCCUCUUCCGUUGGGCAUCUCUUGAUCAAAGAGGAAAUGAGGAGGACUAAGCAGAACAUGCAUUUGUCUUGGUGAAUCACAAGUUGUGCAGCCCAGGGUAGAGUAUUCUUGCCUGGGAAUGUUUGCAUUCAAACAUGCAAUGGACAAACGCCUGCUCUUUCCUUUCUUCCUUGGGCCAACUGUAGGGAAGAGGACAACCACUGGAUAUGCAAACCGUGGAACUUGGCCAGGAGCCUGGACACCAGCAUCUCAAAGAGUCUUAACAACAUCAUCAGGCAGAGAGAGAGCAUCCCUAAGGUCAGAGCAAAAUGGGUCUUUGUAGCAUAGCUUCUUAUUCCCUGGAGCAUCUCACUGUCGUUUUCCUUUUACAUUUAAAAAGGUUCAUAGAAUCAUAGAAUCAUAGAGUUGGAAGAGACCACAAGGGCCAUUGAGUCCAACCCCCUGCCAAGCAGGAAACACCAUCAGAGCACUCCUGACAUAUGGUUGUCAAGCCUCUGCUUAAAGACCUCCAAAGAAGGAGACUCCACCACACUCCUUGGCAGCAAAUUCCACUGUCAAACAGCUCUUACUGUCAGGAAGUUCUUCCUAAUCUUUAGGUGGAAUCUUCUUUCUUGUAGUUUGGAUCCAUUGCUCCGUGUCCGCUUCUCUGGAGCAGCAGAAAACCACCUUUCUCCCUCCUCUAUGUGACAUCCUUUGAUAUAUUUGAACAUGGCUAUCAUAUCACCCCUUAACCUCCUCUUCUCCAGGCUAAACAUGCCCAGCUCCCUUAGCCGUUCCUCAUAAGGCAUCGUUUCCAGGCCUUUGACCAUUUUGGUUGCCCUCCUCUGGACACGUUCCAGUUUGUCAGUGUCCUUCUUGAACUGUGGUGCCCAGUUCUUGAACUGUGGUUCUCGAUGUCUUUGCUGUGACGCCAUCUUCGUUGUUCAUGUUAAACUUGCAUACAAUGUUUAGCAAUGUUUAGCAGUGGUCAUUGCAUUACAACAUUUGAAGUGUUUUUCCAGUGGCUUCUUUCAGCCCAUACGUCUGUACAUUUUUGACGGUAAUAAACAUUGGAUAAUUUCCACUUUAUGCCUUAGCUACCACACUGUUUGCUGAGAAGUAAGAUGCCACUUAGGUAUAAACAUCAAGAAGUGUUUUGCUCCUUCUUCCUAGACUGGUUAUUCAGUUUACAGCAUUAAUUUUUUAAUGCACACCUUUUUCAACUCAAGUAUCUAAGUACCCCUUUGCAGCCCAAGGCAACCAGGUAAUCUUACAUCAAAUUGUUUUCAUAAUUUCUGGUGAUAUUUGGUGAUAUAUUCGGUUUGUUCCUUAGAAUCAUAAGUUCUUUUUAAGUGCAGUGCAAAAAAUCACUUUUGAGUCAAAACUACAUGAAAUUCUAGCAUAGCAUCAUAGAAUUGUAGAGUUGGAAGCCCCCCAGGACCAUACAAUCCCACCUCCUGCAAGGCAGGAAUUGCAAGAAUCCAUGGCAGAUGGCCAUCCAACCUCUGCUUGAAAAACUCCAAGGAAGGAGAGUCUCCCACCUCCCGAGGGAGACUGUUCCACUGUUGAACAGCUCUUGCUGUCAGAAAGUUCUUCCUGGUCUUUAGUCAGAAUCUCCUUUCUUGUAACUUGAAGCCAUUGGUUCGAGUCCUACCCUCCGGAGCAGGAGAAUACAAGUUUUCUCCAUCUUCCAUUUGACAGCCCUUUGGAUAUUUGAAGAUGGCUAUGAUAUCUCAUCUCAGUGUCCUCUCUUCUAGGCUAAACAUACCCAUUUCCCUCAACUGUUUCUCAUAAGGCUUGGUUUCCAUAUGCUUUGCUUGCUUUGAUAAAAAGCAGAACAACAGCUUAAAGGAAAACAAAACCAAAUAAAGGAAAGCACAUUCUUUUUUUAUUUAUAAGCCAUCUAUGCCUGAAAAGAGACAGGUCUGCAUUUGGCAGGUUCAUUGUGAGGUGGGGAGAUUGGAUACUCUCACUGUUGUGUGUUCAGCACCUUCACUUUGCGUUUAGUGGUUGAUCUCACAAUUAUUCUUAAUCGUGUUGCAGUUUUUUACACAAGUUGUAAUUGUAAGCUGCUUUGAGGGCCCAACAUUGGCCAGAAGGAGAGGUACAAAUAUUUGAAGCACAAAGUUGAAAUUGUCUGACCUGGGGUUUCUUAUUCUUCUGUCUUCAGGUGGUAUCCAAGUACAUUGAGAACCCAGUGUUGUUCUUUCUUGAAGAUGUGGGAUUAGUUAAAUUUGACAUCCGUUACAUUGUGUUGUUGCGAUCAGUUAAGCCACUCCGACUGCAUGUUUAUGAUGUGUUUUGGCUACGGUUCUCAAAUAGGUAAGAAGGCAGCUUCUACCACGCAUUGAGAAGGGUUGGACUUGUGGCAUUGCUGAAUUUUAUGAAGAAUGAAUGUUGUAUUUCAUCCAUUUUUCCUUUUCAGAGCAUUUUCACUUGAUGACUUGGAUGAUUAUGAGAAGCAUUUUACGGUCAUGAACUAUGCUUCUGGAGUCUCGUUAAAACAGGUGAGUAAAUUAUCCAGGAAAAGGAGAGCUUGGUGGCACAGAUGGUGUGAUGAGUUGGACUGUGGACCACCAGCCCCUGACUCCCUUUAGCCCAGUGGCUACAUGGUUGUUUGACACCCUGGGCUUCUUGGGGAAUUAAGGGUGGGAUAGAAUUGUAAUAAACAACAAAUUACAGUCGUACCUUGGAUCCAGAACGCCUUGGUACUCGUCCGUUUUGGCUCCUGAAUGCUGUAACCUCGGAAGUGAGUGUUCCAGUUUGCGAAUGUUCUUUGGAAGCUGAACAUCUGAUGCAGCUUCCGAUUCCGUUCAGGAAGCGCCUGCAGCCAAUCGGAAGCUGCACCUUGGUUGUCAAACGUUUUCGGAAGUCGAAUGGACUUCCGGAACGGAUUCCGGUCAACAACCAAAGUAUGACUGUAAUGAUAAAUUUGAAGCCACCUUCUGCAACAACCCUACCAAAGCUAACUAAACACAUAUGAAUUUUUUGUGGGGCGGGGGCACCUGGAAACUCCCAUAUGCUGCCUGGAGCAAAUGCAGGAUUAUAAAUGCAAUACCCGGCCAUUGCAACUGCACCCAUGAGGCAGUGGCGAGGGCUCAGGUGAAGCCGUGGCGAGGCCGGUAGUGGCACAAUGACAGGGCGGAUCUGGCACCUGAGGCAAAUCACUUCGCCCUGCUUCAUGCAAGCACCAGCCUUGCUUAUCACCUGUUUAACGGAGCCUUAUGUGAGCCUCCAUAUUUCCAGGGAAGGGAUUUCCAAAUCCCAUCAGCUUGACAAGAGCCUAUAUUGUUGGAGUGCAGAUUCCCCAUCCCUGGAGUUCACCCUCCGCCUUCUGAGGCUGACAGUUUCCCUUGGAGACUUAAGUUUUAUGGGCUGUUACGACAAGAGUAUUCAGAAUGGGGUGUGGGAGAGAAAGCAGCCUUCAAAUAUGGGACGUAAAAUUGCAAGAACUGGAUCCUAACUUGUAGAGGUGUUGUAAGGAGGACAGAGGUGAAAAUUGGUAAAGUUUCGUGAUCAUGCUUAAAAGAAUACCUUGCUAACCAAAUGGUCUCUUCUUUUUCAGAUCCACUAUGAUGAAUUUAUCCCUCUCUUUGAGAAACAGUAUCCUGAGCAUUCUUGGAAAUCUGUGCAAGUAAGGCACCUGUGAUUCAGUAAUUUAAUUUUUUUUCUCCCAGUGGUAAAAAAUUACCAGAGCUUCAUUUUUCUGCCAUAGAUUGCUUUAUUAUCAUGAUUAUGUCUCUCACACAAAGGUCAUGGGCCACAGGUGGUUCUAAUUAUACGUACUGAGAUUAUUUCCCCCCUGUGGCUUCAUUAGUGGUUCAAGAUUUCACAUGGUUGCAUCCUGUGUCUAGUGCUAAUUUGGCAGGAAUAGUCAUCAGUAAGGUCGCUUAGACUCAAUCACUGCCUCCCUUUCAAAUGCUUCUGUUAUUAUUUGACAAGUGUUUGAGUUGAGCAAAAGGAAGGAGUCUCAACUUAGUCCGAGAGCCUUAAUGCUUUGUGUGAAACGGGUCUGGGUUUCAUUCCCCGCCAUCUCCAGUCAAGUUACCUCGGGAAAUAAUGUUAAAGUUUGUUGCUCUUACACCUGCAUUUAUUGUAAAUGUGACUUUUUGUUGUUGCCAGGACGAUAUUUUCAAGGCAUUUGCUGAACUUUUCCAAGCUGCUUGUGCAAAGCCUGCGCCACUUGGCAUCUGUGAUUAUCCAUCCUCACGAGCCGUUUAUGCCAUUGACCUGAUGCUUAAGUGGGAUACAUCCAGCAACGGUAAUUUCUCCUUCUAUCUUGUCCUUUUUGUACUGCAUACAGUGGUACCUCGGGUUACAUACGCUUCAGGUUACAUACACUUCAGGUUACAGACUCCGCUAACCCAGAAAUAUUACCUCGGGUUAAGAACUUUGCUUCAGGAUGAGAACAGAAAUCGUGCUCUGGUGGCAGUAGGAGGCCCCAUUAGCUAAAGUGGUGCUUCAGGUUAAGAACAGAUUCAGGUUAAGAACAGACCUCCGGAAUGAAUUAAGUACUUAACCCGAGGUACCACUGUAUUUUUAGGGCUCUUCAGAAAUUUGGGGAACCAGAAAAGAGAUUUAAUUGCUUUUAUUAGUGGCCAUUAUAGCUUUGGUGUAGCUAAAGAGCAGAACCUUUUUCAGCACUUCCUGGGAUUGCCUUUAAAGGGGUCGCUUUUUGGACAAAGGCCUUUUCACUUAUAAAUGGAAAGAUACUGCUGCGUUUCAGAGCAGCGAGUCUUCAAACGUUGUGUGUAAAGGGGUGCAUACUGAAAAAGUUCUUCACUGCCAGCUGAAAGGGUCUCCUGGAGUGCAAGUGAAUAAACUGGGAUGUGCAGCAGGUGGGAAGCUUUCCUUUUCUGCCUGGCCCUCCUCUCUGGGCAACCACCCACAAUCUCUGCCACCUGGAGAAGUUCCCAUCUCUCGGUGCCCUUGGGCCUCCUCCUCUUCCUCCAGCAGGAGGGCUCCUCUUAAGGGUCCUCUGAGAGCUGUACAAGGUGCUAUGCAAGUGCUAAGGGUAAGAGGAGAAGGUGUGUUCCAUGUUGGGGAAGCCUCUUUGUGUUUAACAUGCGUAUCUCAAUAAAACUACGUGAUCUCUGUCUGUCUUCUAGGCAAACGGUUUAUGCAGCCUCAGAUUCUAGAGGUGAAUUUUAACCCUGACUGCGACAGAGCCUGCAGGUAUCACCCGACUUUCUUCAACGAUGUCUUCAGUGCCCUCUUCCUGGAUGAAGCCAAGGAUUGCCAUGUGACUGCCAUUGUCUAGGGCUUGUCUUGGCUAUUUUGUGCUUCACAGUGAGAUGCUUAUAAUUUCAGUUCUAUGAGCUGCUUAUGCAAGAAUCUUUCCCGUACUAGCAAUCAAGACAGAAAUCUACUCAAUCAGGUGGAACAUGCAUAUAAUGUGCUUGUAAGCAGUUGUCUGGGUUGCCUUAAAAAAAAAAACUUUUUUACUUUCUUGCCUGUCUCAGUUACUUUAUCGCUAGUUCACUUUCACAAAGUGUAUGUUUUUAUUGCAUUCUGAUGCUCACAGAAGUGCAGUAUCAAUUUAUUAUUUUUUUCUCAGUAGUUGGUAUAUUUUGUUGGUUACAAAGAAGUAUCCGUACGCUUUUCCCUAUGUCCUUUGUGUUUUUAUAACUUGCUGCAGAUUUACUGAGGCCAUUGUUUUUCUUAAGACCAUUGUGCUCCCGCAUCUUAAAAGGCUUUGUUUUACAAAUGAAUAUGAAGCAAAUUAUUUGAAAGCCAUAGCUGGCUCCUAUGCCUGCAGAAUUUCAAUAAACUAUGUCCCCACAAAUACCAGAAACUGCCUUUGAAAUAACACAAGAGCAUCUGUAAUUUUUGUUUCUUGGUGUAUCAGGUCUUCACGUUGAGAAGUCACUUCAGCUUCCUUGUUUUGCAACAUAAACCUUGCUUGCUUCCAGUAUUUCCAUUCUUUAUUCUAGCAAAUAAAAUGGUUCAGCCACUGGCCCUCCCCUCCUGCCUCCCCACACACCUUAAAAAAAGGAGCAAGCAUCACUUUACAUGUUCAUUCUUUGCCUGACUGCUGCCCUCCCUUUUAAUGAGCUCUUAAUGUAUUUGAGUUGCAGCACUGCUUUGGGAAGAUAAGUUCCCGAUAUCCCAGGCCAACAGGGAUGGUGGUUCAGUUCACCUUGUGACAGGAGUACGUGUUUUUUAAAGCAGCAAACAGACUUCUAUCUCUUGCUUAACACAGCCCAUCUUCUGCCAGCUGGACAACUCCAGCCAGAUAAAAUGUCCCCCCAUAAUACAGUGUUUCUUCCCUGCAGUGGGCUCUCCAGUAUGGCAGCAAAGUAAAAAAGUUUUGCUUUGAAACUGAGUCUUGUCUCACUGGUUUUACAUAGGGCCAGAAUCAGGUUGCCUGUUAGCUCACCCCCUUGACAAAUUGCUAUGCUCUGGUCUUGUUUGUCCCAUCUCUAAAAAUGAGCAAAAUGCCACAUCUGGCAUGAGCACUUACUGUGAAGCAGCAUUAGAUGGGAAUAUAAGGGAUUGGUUGUUACUGAGCUGUGGGUUUUAAAAUACUGAAUUUUGCCAGCACUCUUUUUGCCAGAUAAGGUGCCAUUAAAUCGCUUCAUAUCCCCGAUGGAUAGCUUCUUCCUCCACUACUGAAUACCAGUUGCUAGAAACGGCAGGAGGGGAAGAGUGCUGUCGUGCUCAGAUCCUGCUUGCAGGCUUCCCACAGGCAUCUGGUUGGCCACCAUGUAAACAGGAUGCUGAUCCAGCAGCCAGUCUGUUUUUACAUUCAUAUUCCCAUUUUUAAUGCUUGGAUGUGCUCCUUCCACUUCCAUGCUUUGUUUAUAGCAUCAACAAGUCUCGUCAAGAGUUUCUACCCAGCUCUUAGGAAGCCCAAAGGGUUUCCUAAGUAGGCUGAGAGACGCAAAUACACAAUAUAUUUUUCUAUUAAAGGUAAGUUAAAGAAAAGGUCUAUAGUUUCGCUAUAAAAAUCUCUAUAAAAACCUCCAGACCCUUUGAAGCUCAAGAAUUCCAUGACCUUUUCUACAGUGCUAUUCUUUGGGCUGGUUCACCAGUGCGUGUGGCUACCAGAAGGCUGCAUCUGCAGGUCAAAUGUGCAUGCAGCCUCAAACACAGUGCUUUCCGAAUGAAGACAGCUCAUAAUCCGACGGCAAACUCUCUUGUGAUGAGCAAGCAAUUGGCCUUACGUAUGUGUGUCAGUUUUAAAUCAAACCUUGCCAAGUGCAGAUCCCAAAUUAAGGACGUGUGGACAUAAGGACAGCCUGGCUACAAAUACAUUAAUAAUCACAAUUUCUGGGUCCGUUACUGAAGUUUAUUAGAUUUAUUAAGCAAUAAAUCUGAGACAGCAUAUGGAUUAAGCACUAGGGUGGUGGAAUUGGAAUCCAACUUAGAAAAUGUUUCUUUAAAAAAAAAAAAGCCCUGGAAAAAUGUGUGUUACAGGUGUUUCUUAUUGCGAUUGUCUGUCCAGAUACGAUAGUUCAGCACAGAGGCAAAAGUUAGCCAGGCUAAAUAAGGGUACAUCAAAUAUGCUGCUGUUUUGUUGACAUGGUACCAGACAGUAGUUGUGGCUGUUGCUGCUCCUGUGGUGAGCAAUAUAGUCACCAGCCCCUGAAAAAGAAAUGAGUGACAUUAAAAUGAGUUCUUCAUGGGAUCCUAGAGCAGAGAGGGCUACAAAUAACUGCAACUUCAGCCACACACCCCUUUGCCUUGUUUUUGUGCUGAUUACACGGCAUUUACUCAGUGUAGUACUUGACCCCUUUAACAGCAACAUACCCAAAUAUCCAUGGGCUUUUGUAAAGCAAAAAGUCAAAUAGCCAAAGCUCCAAGGAUUUUGGCUGAGCACGCCAACAUGAUCUGUGCUCAUUAUUGCUCACAUUCCCAAGUCCUUAUUGUGGGAACUCUGCACAGCGGAAUCUCCUUCCCUCUGCCAUACAUGAAGGAUCAUCCGUCAGCAACUUCAGAUGUCUCUGAAAGUCAGAUUUCUGGCCAGACUUAACGUGACUCAUAAAAUUGGACCCCAUUAUUGUUGAAUUGCUGCUUUUGGAUUGUAUUUUUGUAUACUGGUUAGCGAUUUAUAAAUAUUAAGCAGUUAAAAAUUCUUUAAAAUUCAUUAAAAACAAAUAAGCAUUCCUCUGACAACUCUACAACACAUACAAGUUCCCCAGCGGGUAACUUAUAGCUGAAAGAACUCCCUUAAGGCAGAAAGCUGGCAAAUCACUGCUCUAAGCCACAAGGGCAUGGACU